AAUGUUGAAUGUACUUGCGCAUGCGUCGUUUCAGUUCUUCCUGGUUACGUCUGCUGUUUUACUUCAGUUUGAUUUAUAUGAUUAUUACUAUGUUUUGAAUGUACAUCUGUGUCUGAUGUGAGACUCGUGAACAUACAGAGAUGGCGUGUACGGCGGGAUGCACGUUAUUGCUCGUGCUCGCGCUUGGAGCCGCACUGAGAGACACGCACGCACGGGAGUUCACGGAGGAGGAGAUGGAGGCGAUCAGGUCCAGGAUACGGUCCAUGUUUUAUCAUGCCUACAACAGUUACUUGGACCAUGCCUUCCCCUAUGAUGAGCUCCGCCCCCUCACUUGUGACGGACAGGAUACCUGGGGAAGUUUCUCUCUCACUUUAAUUGAUGCACUGGACACUCUCUUGGUUUUGGGGAACAGAACUGAGUUCCAGAGAGUGGCCUCUCUGCUUCAGGAAACGGUGGACUUUGAUAUUGAUGUCAAUGCUUCAGUUUUUGAGACCAACAUCAGAGUGGUGGGAGGUUUGCUUUCUGCUCACCUUCUCUCAGGUCGGGCUGGUCUGGACUUAGAGCCUGGUUGGCCCUGUUCAGGUCCAUUACUUAGGAUGGCAGAUGACGCGGCCAAGAAACUGUUGCCAGCUUUUGAGACCCCCUCUGGGAUGCCAUAUGGGACAGUGAAUCUGCUCCGUGGAGUCAGUCCCUCCGAGACCCCAGUCACCUGUACAGCUGGAGUGGGGACAUUCAUCCUGGAGUUUGCAACUCUGAGCCGACUCACCGGGAACCAAACCUACGAGGACCUGGCCCGCAAGGCUCUGCAAGCUCUGUGGGAGACCAGGUCCAGCAUUGGACUGGUGGGAAACCACAUAGAUGUUGUGACUCAGAAGUGGGUGGCUCAGGAUGCAGGGAUUGGAGCUGGAGUCGACUCCUACUUUGAAUAUUUGGUCAAAGGAGCCAUCCUCCUCCAGGACUCAGGGCUACUGCACAUGUUCCAUGAAUAUGACAGAGCGAUCCAGAACUACACUCGGUUUGAUGACUGGUACCUGUGGGUCCAGAUGCACAAAGGCACUGUGUCCAUGCCCGUCUUCCAGUCCCUAGAGGCAUUCUGGCCUGGGCUACAGUCUUUGAUUGGCGAUCUGGAAAGUGCAAUGCGGACCUUCCAGAACUACUAUUCGGUCUGGAGACAGUUUGGAGGACUUCCAGAGUUCUACAGCAUUCCACAGGGCUAUACUGUGGACAAGAGAGAGGGCUACCCUCUUAGACCUGAGUUGAUAGAAAGUGCAAUGUACUUGUUCCGAGCCACUGGGGAUCACUUGUACCUGCAGAUGGGCCUGGACGCUUUGGAGUCCAUUGAAAAGAUCAGCCGCACACCAUGUGGAUAUGCCUCAGUGAAAGAUCUGAGGGACCACCAACUAGACAACAGGAUGGAGUCCUUCUUUUUGGCAGAGACAAUUAAAUACCUUUACCUGCUCUUUGACCCCACCCAUUUCCUGCAUGGGGGAGGGCCAUGGGAAGAAGGGGGUGGGCCAUCUGGAAGGUGUGUGCUUGGGACAGGAGCCUACAUCUUCAAUACUGAGGCCCAUCCCAUCGAUGCUGCUGCUUUGUACUGCUGCCAUAGCCAUGAGUCUGACCAGUCGGAGAUUAGGAACAUUUUACUGGGCCAGCCCACUGCAUCAUCUACUGGUCAGUCACAAAGCUCAAAUCUUAGAUGUCCAGUUCAACCCUUCAGCUCUAGACUUGCAGUUACAGGACAAGUCUUCAGUGAGAACAACUAAAAAAUAUGUGAACCAAAACUAAACUGGGACAGAACAGCAUUAUAACAAUGUUUUAAAAAUACAUGUUUGUUUGUAUUUAAAGAUGGCGUGUGUUACAUUUGUUUUUAAUUUCAAUAAAGACUCAUUUGUUUUUUCUUA